CGUGAUGGUUAGUUCCUCAGCCAGGCACACAGCAGGUAGUAGCAUUGUAUAGGACACACCACCAACAGGGUGUCCUGUGAAAUUGUGUUGUAUUGUCUUUAUACAUGAGUGACGCUGUCCCGGGGAUGUCCACAGUGGGUGAGUGAGACGUCGUAUCUGACACACCCACAGGAGGGAGUGACACUGUAUUGCGCACACCUUUAGGUGGGUCACACGUCAACAAAAAGGGCAUGUCCGAUUUAGUGACACGAUUGCUUCGUUUUGCAGGUUGAAAUGUUUCUGCUUCUGAACCCGGCAAUAAUGACGCAUCCUAUUUCGCCUUUUAAGAACUGAAAACAAUUGUACACAUCCCUCUCAAAUAGAAAGCUGAAAUCUCAGUUGCAGCAACAACCAGAGGACAAGGACCAGGACUGCUUUGGCCAAGUCCUUUCACGUAAGGCUGUGGUCAUGGUCGUCAGGGGCGAUAAACCUGCAAGCUGGGCAGAGGAGGUGACGGAAGUCUGUUUCAUUCGCCGGUUCAGCCACGCACCGAGAGGGUUUAUUCCUUCAACCGGCGGGAGGCGACGUGGGGUCGCGUCGUGCGGUUCCUAUUAUUUGGGCCGUGGGGUGAAGAGAAUGGGGAUGGAGAGAAAGCGCGCUGAACCCCCCGGGGCCGCCAGGGGGCAGCACCGGGCGGCCGGGCAGGCGGCGGUCACGUGACGGGAAUCGCUGGCGAGUUGCUCUCUCAGUAUGGCGGAGCGAGACUAGGUGCACGGAUGGCUUUUAAUUCCCGUUCCGCGUCGUGAAGAAAGGACUUCUGUCAUCAUUUUUUUUUCCUAUCGUGUUUUGUUUUGUUUUUUUGCCGUGUUCAAUUAUUGUUUGUGACGGGCGCGAGUGUUGUCGGUAUCCGUGGAAGGGGGAUGGCGGACCGCGGUGUGGAUCUCUCGGCUCUGCCCAAAGACGUGAAGGACCAGCUGGCCGAACUGGACCUGGAGCUGUCGGAAGGUGACAUCACGCAGAAGGGCUACGAGAAGAAGAGGGCCAAGCUGCUGGCACCCUACAUCCCUCAGACACCUGGGGUGGAGCCGGGCCUGCAGAGCGACCAGCGGAACCAGGGGCCCAGUCCGGCGCCGGCCUCGUCUUCGAGGUACCACCGCUCACGCUCGGGGGGCACCAGGGAUGACCGCUACCGGUCAGACAUCCACACAGAAGCAGUUCAGGCAGCGCUGGCCAAGCACAAGGAGCAGAAGAUGGCACUGCCCAUGCCCACCAAGCGGCGUUCCACGUUCGUUCAGUCCCCCGUCGACACCUGCACCCCCCCAGACACCUCCUCGGCGUCGGAAGACGAGGGCUCCUUGCGCAGGCAGGCGGCUCUCGCAGCGGCGCUGACCCAGGGCCUGCAGAACGCGGACUGCUGGAUCAACCGCUCGGUCCAGGGCUCCAGCACCUCCUCGUCCGCCUCCUCCACGCUGUCCCACGGCGAGACCAAGACGCAGGGCGCUGCGCUGGCCGACGUGCUGGCUCACACACGCCUGGACAACGCCAGCGCCCCCCCGGACGUCACCUCCUCCUCCUCUGCAGCCCCGGAGCGGUCGUCCCGCGUGGACCUGCCCCCUGCGGUGGCCGUCAGGGGCAUGAGCCGGGGCCAGAGCCGCUCCAGCAUGAUGGACACAGCUGACGGCGUCCCAGUGAGCAGCCGGGUGUCCACCAAGAUCCAGCAGCUCCUCAACACGCUGAAACGGCCCAAGAGACCCCCGCUGAAGGAGUUCUUCGUGGACGACUUUGAGGAGAUCGUGGAGGUGCCGCAGCCCGACCCCAAUCAGCCCAAGCCGGAGGGCCGGCAGAUUAUCCCGGUGAAGGGGGAGCCCCUGGGUGUGGUCAGCAACUGGCCUCCUGCCCUGCAGGCGGCGCUGCAGCGCUGGGGAACCACACAGCCCAAAAGCCCCGCCCUGACUGCCCUGGAUGUCACUGGCAAGCCCCUCUACACACUGACCUACGGGAAGCUGUGGACCCGGAGCCUGAAGCUGGCCUACACCCUCCUCAACAAGCUGGGCACCAAGAACGAGCCCGUCCUCAAACCGGGCGACAGGGUGGCGCUGGUGUACCCCAACAGCGACCCUGGGAUGUUCAUGGUUGCAUUCUAUGGCUGUCUGCUGGCAGAAGUCAUACCUGUGCCCAUAGAGGUCCCUCUGUCACGGAAGGAUGCAGGCAGCCAGCAGAUUGGCUUCCUCCUUGGCAGCUGUGGGGUGAACCUGGCGCUGACCAGCGAGGUCUGCCUCAAGGGGCUGCCCAAGACGCAGAACGGCGAGAUUGUGCAGUUCAAAGGUUGGCCGCGGCUGAAGUGGGUGGUCACCGACUCCAAGUACUUGACCAAGCCGUCCAAAGACUGGCAGCCGCACAUCCCCACGGCCAACACCGACCCCGCCUACAUCGAGUACAAAGCCAGCAAGGAGGGGAGCGUGAUGGGGGUGGCGGUGUCCCGGAUCGCCAUGCUGACGCACUGCCAGGCCCUCACCCAGGCCUGCAACUACUCCGAAGGAGAAACGUUGGUCAAUGUCUUGGACUUCAAGAAGGACAUGGGCUUGUGGCAUGCUGUGCUCACUAGUGUCAUGAACAGGAUCCACACUGUGGGUGUCCCCUACGCCGUCAUGAAGGCCUGCCCGCUCUCCUGGGUCCAGAGAGUCCACUCCCACAAGGCCCGUGUCGCUCUGGUGAAGUGCAGAGACCUACACUGGGCCAUGAUGGCCCACCGGGACCAGAGAGACACCAGCCUGUCUUCGCUGCGCAUGCUCAUCGUGGCGGACGGAGCCAAUCCCUGGUCGGUGUCGUCCUGCGACGCCUUCCUCAACGUCUUCCAGAGCCAGGGCCUGAAGCCGGAGGUCAUCUGCCCCUGUGCGUCCUCCCCCGAGGCGCUCACCGUCGCCAUCCGCAGGCCAGGUGUCCCUGGGGCUCCGCUCCCGGCGCGAGCCAUCCUGUCAAUGAGCGGGCUGAGCUACAGUGUGAUCCGGGUCAACACCGAGGACAAGAACUCGGCCCUGACGGUGCAGGACGUGGGUCAUGUCAUGCCGGGCGCUCUCAUGUGCAUCGUGAAACCAGACGGCCCGCCGCAGCUGUGCAAGACGGAUGAGAUCGGGGAGAUCUGCGUCAACUCGCGUGCCGGGGGCACCAUGUACUACGGCCUGCCUGGCGUCACCAAAAACACCUUUGAGGUGAUUCCCGUCAACUCCAGUGGCGCUCCAGUUGGAGAUAUCCCUUUUGUCCGCUCAGGGCUGCUGGGCUUCGUGGGGCCGGGCAGCCUGGUGUUCGUGGUGGGCAGGAUGGAGGGGCUGCUGAUGGUGAGCGGCCGCCGUCACAAUGCAGAUGACCUUGUCGCCACGGCGCUGGCGGUGGAGCCAGUGAAGACCGUGUACCGGGGGAGGAUCGUGGUGUUCGGCGUGACGGUGUUCUACGACGAGCGGAUUGUGGUCGUGGCCGAGCAGCGCCCCGACGCCAGCGAGGAGGACAGCUUCCAGUGGAUGAGCCGCGUCCUGCAGGCCAUAGACAGCAUACACCAAGUGGGCCUGUACUGCCUGGCGUUGGUGCCCGCCAACACGCUUCCCAAGACGCCCCUGGGUGGCAUCCACGUCUCCGAGACCAAGCAGCACUUCCUGGAUGGCACGCUGCACCCCUGUAACAUUCUGAUGUGCCCCCAUACUUGCGUCACCAACCUCCCCAAACCACGACAGAAACAGCCAGCGGGUGUGGGGCCGGCCUCCGUCAUGCUGGGGAAUCUGGUUGCCGGGAAGCGGGUAGCACAGGCGGCCGGGCGGGACCUGGGGCUGAUCGAGGACCAGGACCUCGUGAGGAAGCUGUGUAUGUGGCCGACACUGAUGCACCAGUACCUCUCGGAGGCUUUGCAGUGGAGAGCUCACACUGAUCCCGACCACAUUCUCUUUGUGCUCCUCAACGCCAAGGGAGCGGCGGUCAGUACGGCCACCUGUGUCCAGCUGCACAAGCGCGCGGAGAAGAUCGCGGCGGCCCUGAUGGAGAGGGGCAGCAUCAACACUGGAGACAACGUGGUGCUGCUGUACCCUCCUGGCAUCGACCUCAUCGCCUCCUUCUAUGGCUGCUUGUACGCCGGCUGUAUCCCGGUGACGGUGCGCCCACCCCACCCCCAGAACCUGGCCGCCACCCUGCCGACCGUGCGCAUGAUCAUCGACGUCAGCAAGGCCGCCUGCAUCUUGACCACCCAGGUCCUGAUGAAGACCCUGCGAUCCAAGGAAGCUGCCGCUGCCGUGAACAUCAAGACCUGGCCCACGAUCAUCGACACAGACGAUCUUCCCCGGCGACGCCCGCCCCAGAUUUACAGACCCCCCACAGCCGAGAUGAUGGCCUACCUGGACUUCAGCGUGUCUACCACCGGCAUGCUGACUGGAGUCAAGAUCUCCCACGCUGCGGUCAGUGCGCUGUGCCGUUCCAUCAAGCUGCAGUGCGAGCUGUACUCCUCGCGGCAGAUCGCCAUCUGUCUGGACCCCUACUGCGGCCUGGGCUUCGUGCUCUGGUGCCUGUGCAGUGUCUACGCGGGACACCAGUCCAUCCUUAUCCCCCCGAUGGAGCUGGAGGGGAACCUGGCGCUGUGGCUCUCCACGCUCAGCCAGCACCGCAUCCGGGACACCUUCUGCUCCUAUUCCGUCAUGGAGAUGUGCACGAAGGGCCUGGGCACCCAGACGGAGUCUCUGAAGGCCCGGGGGGUGAACCUCUCCUGUGUGCGGAGCUGCGUGGUUGUGGCCGAGGAGCGCCCCCGCCUGGUGCUGAGCCAGUCCUUCUCCAAGCUCUUCAAGGACCUGGGCCUGUCUCCCCGCGCCGUCAGCACCUCCUUCGGGUCCCGGGUCAACCUGGCCAUCUGCCUGCAGGGCACGACUGGGCCGGACCCCUCCACUGUGUAUGUGGAUAUGAAGUCACUGAGGCAUGACAGGGUCCGUCUGGUGGAGAGGGGAGCCCCUCAGAGCCUGCCCCUCACAGAGUCUGGGACGAUCCUGCCUGGCGUGAGGGUGGUGAUCGUGAACACGGAGACCCGCGGCCCGGUGGGGGAUUCCCACCUGGGGGAGAUCUGGGUGAACAGCCCCCACAGCGCCAGUGGUUACUACACGAUCUACGGGGAUGAGAGCCUGCAGGCUGACCACUUCAACACCAGGCUGAGUUUCGGGGACACCCAGACACUGUGGGCGCGCACAGGGUACCUGGGCUUCGUCAGGAGGACCGAGCUGCUGGAUGCCAGUGGAGAUCGCCACGAUGCGCUCUUUGUGGUGGGCUCUCUGGAUGAGACACUGGAACUGCGUGGGCUGAGGUACCACCCCAUUGACAUCGAGACCUCUGUGUCCCGCGCUCACCGCAGCAUCGCCGAGAGUGCGGUGUUCACCUGGACCAAUCUGCUGGUGGUGGUGUCGGAGCUGUGUGGCUCGGAGCAGGAGGCGCUGGACCUGGUGCCGCUGGUGACCAACGUGGUCCUGGAGGAGCACCACCUGAUCGUGGGCGUGGUGGUGGUGGUCGACCCGGGCGUCAUCCCCAUCAACUCCCGUGGGGAGAAGCAGCGCAUGCACCUGCGAGACAGCUUCUUGGCCGACCAGCUCGACCCCAUCUACGUGGCCUACAACAUGUAGAGCACCCCCACCCCAUCACCAGCCACUGAAGCACUGCAGCUGGGUGUACCUGUACACACCUGGGUACACCUGUACUUACCUUGGCACACCCGGGUAUACCUGGACAUACUCUGGCACACCUGGGUACACUUGGAAGACCCUGGAUCCCGUCUGCUGCACCUCAGUUUGGUGCACCAGAUUCUGGGACUUACUCCUGAAGACUUUGGCUGGGGAGGGAAUUCUUGGGUUUGGAGCUAGGAGCAUCCAAGAGGAAGGGAAGCAUCUCGGAUUAUUUGGCACAGGCUAUCUUUGGCAGUUGAUCUUCUUGAUAUCCCACUUCCUUCCCGAGUCUCCUCCUCUCCUUCCCAGAGACAGGAUUUUAUUUGUUUUUUUUUAUAUUUUAAAAUUUAACUUAAUUUUUUUUUGUAUACGUGUAUAUAAAUAAUUAUGACUUUCCCUGCUUGACCUCUUUUCCUCCAGCCCCAUGUUCUUCUGGGGUCCGAAGGGGGGAUUGCUAGGGCUUUAGGGGUGUUGUGCACCCUGUGUGGGACCUCUCAGAUGUUUCUGUGGAGACUGGGGAGCUGGAGGAGUCCCCUGACACAGCCAUGGGGCUGCCUGCCGCCCAUGGAGAAGGGCUUCACUGUCCACAACUGCACAAGGAGGAGCAUUGGUUUGGGACAGACAGGAAAUGCGAUUAUAGUUUCAAAAUCUGAGAUCUUGUCUUGGAGUUCCUGUUGCCCUCCUUCAGCUGUCAGCGUUGUAUUUCAUCUCCCCAAACCCAGCUGUGACCGGAGGGCUGGUCAAGGGCUCUUUCCACGGUCGUCGUCCUGGCCGUAUAUUUACCAUCAGUCCGCUCGGUCUGCCAUGGGGCGAUUGCUGUGAGUCUGUCGCCAGACAGCGGUGGCGGCCGGCGCUUUUCAGAACGGGAUCCCGCCGCCCGGGGAUUCUGGCCUCUCCCCAGAGAGAGGCUCCGACACCAGUCGGUUUAAAUGAUACGCCCCUCCUGCUGGAGGUAAGGAUGCAGGGCGCUGCAGUGAUGAACUCUGUCCUCCUCCUCUUAGUUCACACCAGUUCGGCCUUGUUAUCCCCAUCCCUGCCAGUCUGUGUCCAUGGUGCAGGGGGGCGGGAUGGCACUGGAAUUGAAUGGCAACCCUCCCCCCCCUCCACUCUAUGCCAGUAUUGAGACCACUCUCAUUCACAGUGCCCCCACUGGCCUGACAGUGUACACGCACUGGCUACACCUGCUACCUAAACUGAGAUUUAUUUUUUUUUAUUAUUUUUACUUUGCAAAACUCCGAUGAUGUAUUCUGUUUGAGUACUGGUGCAAAUAAAUCACAUGCGGCGUCCACACGUAUACAGAUCUGUACGUAUAUGUGAGACUGUGCACGUGUGUAGAUGUGCAUGCGGUGUUAAGUGAGGAAAUCCGAAAAUCUCAUUUCAAGACAUGGGACAACUUGUUGCCUUACAAACCUGUGGAACUUUUUUUUUAUUGACAUUUCAUGUUACAGUGUGUUUCUGACCAAUUGGAGGAGAUGGAGGUCAGACAAAUUGUGAGGGGGUCAGGGGUCAAGGGUCAGACUGGCCUGAGCUGUGGCUCCUGUGUCAUGUUACAGGACUGAUUUAUUUUUUCCCAUGUUCAUUUUAAAUUUAGUUUUUUUUUAACUUGACUCUGGACUGGUAUCACUGUUCGUACUCGAUAGUCACUGUUUGAAUCUCUUAUUUAAAGGCCAGAACCUCAUCUUUCAUUACAGAGAUAAAUUAUAUUAAAACUUUAUUUUAUAGAGAUAACUGUACAGUUUUAACUAGAGACUUUGACGGAGAAUAUGGCUCUUUUCACAUUUUUGUUCUGUAAAAACAAAUCCAAGAUUAAUAUUAAUAAAGCUCUGAUAUAAUUGGCUGUUUCAUUUCACCUAAGAGCUUAAAACAGACAUUUUCUGUUGUAAUAAGUAUUUCAUUUUGUUUAUUGUUCUUUUAAUUAUAGGAAAUGGACUAUUUUUAUUUUUCAGGGACAACCUCCUGCCGUUCAGAUAAAUCUGCAGGAUGGGUUUUAUUUUUAGGUGCUAUAAGUAAUUGUUUUCUCCGUACCGGCAAGAACGGAUAAAAGCACUGAAACCUCAAAGGAGCAGGGCGGGCUCGAACCAUUCUCACAAGCCCCACUGAUCCCCGCUCUUCUACGCUGAAAACUGCGGUGUUGUUUCCCUUCUCCACUGGUGCUUCCCUCUGUUCAUUCCGAGUCUCCUGCCGUGGAGAAGCCCCAGGCCUGCUUCCUGAUGGCAGCGUUCCUGUGCUUGGAGUUGGGAGUCUCCGUCAAAUCGGAGUGCACUUCUCCAGAUGAUGCCCUCGGACUUGACCUAACUCUUGGGGAGUUUAGAUCUGCCCAGGUCUGGCUCUCAUAGGAGGUGCUACAUGUAGGAUGACCCCUGCUCUUUUAUUAGCUAGAAUGAGGGCUGGAGAACAAAAGCUUAUUUUUAUUUCACAGGGAGUAAGUGAAGACCUAAAAGAAGUCCCAAGUCCGCUUGCUGGGACCCCAGUGCCUUCAGACCUCCACUACAAAUGGACUGUCAUCAGUGUAAUUCAGCAAAAUAAUUUGCGGGCUUAAACUUGACACACUUUCAACUGCUGAGAAUUUCAGUUGGCACUUAACUCCAAAUCCACUUAGUUAUCUUUCAUCUCUUCACACUUGAAAACGGGUUAGGGGGCCUAAUUUUCAAAUUAUGUAUUCACUUAAGGAGACCAAUUAAGUAACUGGAUGGAGAUUAGAAGCACAUGGUAACGCUUGCGUGCUCUCUGGCCCUGAUGCUUGUGGGAUGGACUGUUAGAGCUGCCCUGGGUGUGUGUGCACUGUGGGGUUUGAUACAGUCUGGCAGCAUCCUUGUGGCCUUUUAGAGUCUCUUAGUUUUGAGAUGACGUAAAAUGGUUAGUCAUUUCCUUAUAUGAGACUGGAGUUCUGGCCAAGUCUUAAGUUUUCAACUUUGGGAAACCUGUAUGGAGUCUCACUGCUGCUGCCCUGGGUCUGAGCUUAUGGGCUGUUUUCCUCCUAAAGGUCCAGCUAGAAUUCUGAUCGCUUAUUUAAACACAGGUGGAAUCCCAUUUCAUUUUUUUUUGCUGGACUUCCAGUUUUUGGUUAGCAGAUUGGGACGGUACAGUGCUAUGAACACAUUACUGCAGUGACGACGCUCCCUUAAAGUCCGGGCGGUGGAGAAGUCUGCUGCUGUGGAGGAGCCAGGCCCCUGCGGCAUCACAGUUCACCGCUGUCUAGCAAGAGGCGCCAUGGGGCUUGAAUCCCACACUAGAGUGCCAGCACCUUCCAGAAGGGGCAGGGCCUGGUGGAGCCACAGUGGUCAGGUGACAAGGUGUGGCCAAGUAGGAAUCGGUCAGAAGAAUUGGGAACCAAGGUUCCUUCCUGUGGCCCCUUGAGCAUCACCAUUGGCCCCCGCCAUGGUCGGUACGGGCCUGCCCAGCGCUUUUCAGGCCCCACCGCUGCCCCACCCUUGCAGAAACAUUGUGGAGGAGAGCUUGCUUGUUCCUGUUUAUCCCUGCAGUCGGAUUUUCCUGUUGUGACAGCCCCUCAACUGCCGGCCAGAGGACCUCUGCCCUCCCUUGUGAUUAGCUUAACUGCGCCACUGUAUGCUCUGCAUAGUCAAGAAAGCUGUCUGGAGCCGAGAUUCUUCUUGACCAGCAUCACUUGCCCCAGACUUCCAUUCCCUGUUUUUUGGGGGUGGUCUUGAGUCCUCUUUUAAUCUAACUCCCUCACGUCCCAGAUAGACUGGAAUACUAUGGUGUCCUCUUUCUCCUGUUCCUUUACAUAGCUUGCACAGUGACCUCUGUGAACCCUGACCUCUGACACCAUCACAGGGUGCUCCUACAUCAUUAGGGAUGCGUCUGUACAGUUAAUCUAAAAAUGUAACACGGGGGUUUGUAAAUGUUUUCAUUUGUUUCAUAUAGGUAUUGAGAAUGUUUAAUUAUAAUAAUGAAGAUAAUUCUGUUUUUUUUUAGUGGCAACUGAAACAAUGUUGGCUCAUGGGUUUUUCUGAUGGCUUUGUAGAAUAAUACUGAGAUUAUAAAAAAAAGGUCUUGUUUUGUUGUUUUUUAAUCUGUGUUCUCUGUGUGUAUACGUGGGUCUUGUAAUAUAGUCACUGUAUAAUAAGAAGAUUUGAAGAUAUAUGUUUAAAAAGACAGGCAUUUAAUUUAAUGUUUGGUGAUCAAUAGGACUGCAGUCCUAGAAAAUGGAUCAUUUAUGGAUCUGGAGCCAGAUUUAUCUUUUUCAUCAUACAGACCCAUUUCUUCUGUAGGCACUGCCUUCAACCUUAUUCUCUGGGACUGUGGCUACUGAGUUCAGUCUGGACUAGAAUUAUGUUCUCCAUCUGUAUCUUUGAAGAGCUAGUGGCAUGGUUAUUUGGUACCAUUGUGAUGGUGUUCAUAUGGACUCAUUGAAUGUUAAACACAACCUUUGUUCUGAGGUGAUGCAAAACACUGAGCACAAAAUGGAGGAGGCACAAACAGCCACUGUCUGGACUGUUCAGCUUGUGUAGCAGCAGGCAGGGCCAGAUGCAGACGCUCAGGCAGGAAGGCUGAUGUUUAAAUUAUGACCUGAAACACUGGGGACGCUGGACAGUUCUGCUGUGUUUGGGGUUGUUCGGGUGGGAGUGUGUGUGUGUGCGCGCAAAGUCUAAAAAGGCAGUUUCUACAUUGAUAGGAACACUGUAGAGCAGGGCUUUGCAUUACUAGAGGGCCAGUGUUGGAACAGCUGUUAAUUUGAUCUAAUAAAGCCAAUAACGACCGGAUCUACAGUUCUUCAGCGGAGCAGAAUCACUGUCCCUCCAGGACUGCACAGCCCUGCUGUGUUGAUCACCUGUGGUUCUGCAGCACACUUCAAACACAAGGUCAAUUGGAAACAGUGGCAGGGUUUGUGAUUAUAAAACAUCUGUAUGGUCUACAAAACAAUCUGGAACCUGGCUUCCUUUCUCAUCGCAAAUGCACAAGCCUGGUGUAGUCAAAUGGCAAUAUUUCCUGUUUUACUGGUGGUUUUGUGGACUUGCCGGUGAAUCCACUCUCGUUUGUUCUUGUGAAUGCAGCUUCAACGACUAUGCAAUAACUGCAGAUUCUCUCACCGAGUCUUCGCACAGGGGGAGGAUGUAGCUUCAGCAGACGAAAAAAUAAAUUGUUUAUCAGUAACAAAUCUGUUUGUCUAGACGAGCUAUUUAAAUUGCAUGUCACGUCUGCCAGAAAGCACGUAUAUUCUCAUUGCCGUUCAUGGUCUUAGUUAAGCAUUCUUGCUAUGCUACAUGUAAACAGUUCUUGUUGGUAACCCUUCUGAUUUAUUAAUGUGUUGAAAUCGCAUUUAAGUCUCGUUGGCAUUUUUAGAAACCGUUUCUUUUCCUCCCUUCUUUUUUUCCCAAUUUGUACAUCCGUGAUAAUUACUGUUUUCUAUCUCGAUCACAUAAAUAAAAUAAAAAGGCUUUAUUUUGCA